AUGCAACCACGGAUACCACUGCGUGGGCUGGCCCCUUGGCUUGUGGCCGCCGGCCUGGCAAGUCUGGUACAUGGCAACGGCAACGUUGGCAAGGCCAUCGAGGUCGACGGAACCCAAUUCUCCUUGAACGGUGACAAUGCAUCGUAUCGCUUCCACGUCGAUGGAGCCACGGGAGACUUGAUUGGCGAUCACUUCGGUGGACCACUCCGAGGGAAUGCCAUCGAAGCAGACAUUGGCGCUGCUCCAGGCUGGGUAAACAUGAUUGGUCGUGUCCGUCGCGAGCUUCCUGAUCUCGGACGGGGAGAUUUCCGCAUACCAGCCAUCCAGAUCCGUCAAUCAGCAGGCCACACCAUCAGCCGCUUUCAAUAUCAGUCCUAUACCAUCGUUGACGGCAAACCUGCUCUCAAGGGACUGCCGUCGACGUUUGGAGACGAUGGCCAUGCGUCUACGCUCAUCGUUCAUUUGUACGACAACUACAGCAGUGUUGCGGCAGAUGUCAGCUAUUCCAUCUUUCCCAAAUACGAUGCUGUUGUCCGCAGCGUAAACGUGACAAACUUGGGAAGUGGAAACAUCACGGUAGAGAAGCUUGCCAGUUUUAGCGUGGAUUUCCCAGCCGAUGAGUAUGAUAUGCUUCAACUCAGGGGAGAUUGGUCCCGAGAGGGAAUGAGAGUGAGACGACCAGUGGGUUAUGGCACUCAAGGAUUCGGCAGCACAACUGGAUACUCCUCCCAUCUACACAAUCCGUUCCUUUCUCUGGUCUCUCGCGCCACCACCGAGUCUCAGGGCGAAGCAUGGGGAUUCUCGCUUAUUUACACUGGAUCCUUCGCAGCUCAGGUAGAGAAGGGCUCACAGGAACUGACACGGGUCAUGCUCGGCUUGAACCCAUCCCAACUCUCGUGGCCACUUGGCCCGGGGCAGUCGUUGCUAUCACCAGAAUGUGUGGCCGUAUUCUCCAACACAGGGAUAGGCGGAAUGUCUCGUAAACUGCACGGCUUAUACCGCCAACAUUUGAUGAAGAGCAAGCAUGCGACUGAGCCGCGUCCUGUCCUCCUCAACAGCUGGGAGGGACUUGGCUUCAACUAUGAUGCCAACACCAUCUUCAGGCUAGCCAAGCAGAGUGCUGAUCUUGGCGUGAAGCUCUUCGUCCUGGACGAUGGGUGGUUCGGCAUCAAGCACCCGCGAGUGGGGGAUGAUGCCGGUCUGGGAGACUGGGUAGCCAACCCCCAGCGAUUCCCUGACGGACUCGACGCCCUCGUCGCCAACGUCACCAAACUUGCUGUCAGAGGCGGCGACGCUUCGCAAAAGCUCAAGUUUGGCAUCUGGGUCGAGUUGGAAAUGGUCAAUCCAAGGUCCAGCCUGUACGAAAAGCAUCCGGACUGGGCUCUGCACGCCGGAGACUAUCCUCGCUCAUUGACGCGGAACCAGCUUGUGCUUAAUGUCGCGCUGCCCGAGGUUCAAGACUUCAUCCUCGACUCCAUGGUCAACAUUUUGAAUAACUCGGACAUUUCCUACGUGAAGUGGGACAACAACCGUGGUAUCCACGAGACUCCGUCUCCACAGACAGACCACGAGUACAUGUUGGGCUUGUACAAGGUCUACGAGUCCCUCACGGAGCGGUUCCCAGACGUCAUCUGGGAAGGCUGUGCAUCUGGGGGAGGCAGGUUUGACCCCGGCAUCCUUCACUACUUCCCUCAGAUAUGGACCUCGGAUGAUACGGACGCUGUGCAGCGAAUAUUCAUCCAAUUUGGCACAAGCCUUGCCUACCCCGCCUCGGCAAUGGGCGCCCACAUAUCCGCCACGCCAAACGGACAAACGGGCCGGAGAGAGUCGAUUGAAUUCAGAGCCCAUGUUGCCAUGAUGGGCGGAUCAGUGGGCCUGGAACUCGACCCAGCUCGUAUGCCGGAGCAGGAUAAAGCAAAGGUUCCGGAUCUGGUCAGGUUGGCAGAAAAGAUCAACCCCAUCGUUGUGAAGGGCGAUAUGUGGCGUCUUCGGCUGCCAGAGGAGUCCAACUAUCCCGCAGCUUUGUUCAUCUCCCGGGAUAAGUCACAGGCGGUGCUAUUCUGCUUCAAGCUUUUUGAAGCGCAUAUCAACGACCACUGGCCAGUGGUUCGCCUGCAAGGGCUUGACCCAAGCGCAAACUACAGGGUGGACGACGGGCAGGUGGUUUCGGGCGCGACCCUGAUGAACAAGGGCAUCUCCUACACAGCGGGUGGCGAAUUCGACAGCAGGGUGGUGUUUUUGGCGAGGGUGGCGUGA